AUGGAUUUGCUUCUUUCGGAUAGAGCCACACAAGAGAAAGUGAACUUUGUUGGUGAGCAGAAACAAGAGGAGAUAGUUGUGGUUCAUGAAGUUGAUGGUCUAGAAGGUCAAGAAGAGCUAUGUUUUUACAACAACUACCAACAAAAGCCUUUCUACAACAACCAACAAGGUGGUUACCAAGCUAGACAAAACUACUCUCAUGGUCUCUCCUCCAAAGGAAAUCAGUCUACACAAAGCCAAGCCGGAUCUUUUACCUCUGCUCCACAAGAGAGUAGCACUGAUGCAAUGUUGAAACAGAUCUUGGAGUCUCAAACUAGAAGUGAGAAGCACAUUGGAUAUGAGCUGCAAAACCUUCACACCAAAGUUGAUGGAAGCUACAAUGACCUCAACAACAAGUUCCUACAACUCUCCUCUCACUUCAAGGCUUUGGAGAAUCAGUUUGCCUCUAUGCCUUCAACCUCCAAGAGCCCAAUGGGCUCUCUACCAGGAAAAUCAGAGCAGAAUCCCAAAGAUUAUUGCAAUGCUAUCAUCUCUACUACUUCUGAGAUUGAGUUGAGUGAUCAUGAGAAAGAGGCUGAAGCACAGAUUGUGGAGAAGGUUGAACACAAGAUUGUGGAAAGGGUUGAGAUACAAACUGUAAAGAAGGUUGAGGGAAUGGUUUUACAACCACUUAGACACAAGGCUGAGAAACCGGUUAUUGGGAAAGCUGUCACGCAAUUGAAGGAGAUUCAGCUAGAAGAAUUUCAUGUGGUUGAGCAAUCACCUUAUGACAAUCUCCCAUUUCCACAAAGGUUCCUCACUAAAGCUCAGAAGAACGUGAUCUCCAAGUUCAGAAAAGACAUGGGAGAUGUAGGAGUCAGGCUUCCACAGAUAUCAAAUAUGCAUGAUGCUCAUGUCCAAAUGAUGCUCAUCAAGGACAUUCUAGCUCACAAAGAAGAAGUGGAAGAGCUCAUAAACAUCUCUACUAUGCAGCUUGAUCCACCAGUCACACCAAAGUCUAUUCCAAAAUUAGAAACCCAAGGGAAAUUCACCUUAUCUUGCUCACUUGGUAAGUUUACACUUGAUGAUGCUCUUUUUGAUUCUGGUGCAAGUGUGAAUGUGAUAUCAAUGGAGAUUGUGAAGAGUCUUGGGAUUGAGAGAAUGAAGCCAAACACAUCUUCCCUACAUUUUGGAGAUUCCUCUUCUACAACUCCUAUUGGUCUCAUCAAGGACUUCCCUUUGAAGAUUGGAGCAUGCACCAUUCCUAUAGACCUCACUGUUCUGAAGAUGGCAACUGAGAAGAGAGUCUCAUUGAUCCUUGGCACUCCAUUCCUUACAAAGUGGGAGCUUGCAUAG